GUUCGUACUGGGGCGGCCGCAGGCAGCAUCGCCAAGCGCCUGAGCUCGGUGGGGGCGGAGAACACGGAGGAGAACCGGCGCUGGUACCGGCAGCUGCUCUUCACGGCCGACAGCCGGGUGGACCCCUGCAUCGGUGGGGUCAUCCUCUUCCACGAGACCCUCUACCAGAAGACCGACGACGGGCGCCCCUUCCCCCAGGUCAACCACAUCAAAGGGGGCUUCACCAGUGCCCUCGUUGGUGUUGAGGUGGACAAGGGCGUCGUGCCCCUGGCUGGCACCAACGGCGAGACCACCACCCAGGGGCUGGACGGCCUGAUGGAGCGCUGCGCCCAGUACAAGAAGGACGGGGCCGACUUCGCCAAGUGGCGCUGCGUCCUGAAGAUCUCGGCGCACACGCCCACCCGCCUGGCCGUCAUGGAGAACGCCAACGUCCUCGCCCGCUACGCCAGCAUCUGCCAGCAGAAUGGCAUCGUCCCCAUCGUGGAGCCCGAGAUCCUCCCGGAUGGUGACCACGACCUGAAGCACUGCCAGUACGUGACCGAGAAG